AUGUCACAUAAAAACCAUCAAUUCAAGGAACUCCAAGAAAAAUAUGCCAUCUUGAAGGAAACCGUAGCAAAAGAUACCGAAACUCUCGAAAACCGAAUUGUAAAAGAAUAUCAAAAUAUUGUUGGGGAGCUGCAUGGAUUAAGAGCUGACUUAUCAAACUACUAUUAUAAUCUUCGGUCGGCUGUCUUAAAGAGAGGAGAAGGGUUACACCAGCUUAUAGACAGCGCCAUCCAAAAAUGCCACUCUGAUAUUGACGCAAUGGAAACUCAAGAAAUCGGCAAAGUUGAGCAGAACCUGUCCGAGUUUAAAAGGCUCCUGCAAACGGUGCAAAACAAAAUUAAGGAGAAUAACAGAUACCUUCAGUCGAUGGAUAAAGAAAUAUUUAGCUACAAGUCUACGUUGACUGAAUUUACAGACGUUCCUUCAAGACUAACGCUUGCAGCUCCACCUAUGUUCAUUCCAGCAAAAAUGGACAUGAAUACUGACGAUAAGUUUUUAAAAUACGUAGGCAAAAUCAUCCCCUCUAAAAUCAUAAACAAUGAUUCUUACACACUUACUCAGACGAGUUCUAACAGAGAUGUCUUGAAAAAGCCAUACGUCAUUGCCUCCAUUGAAAUCCCUAAGUACAUGUACAAGAACCUGUUUAGACUGAGCUGUUUUGGGAAGGAACAAGCAUGGAUCAACGGCUCAAGUAAAUCUCUUAUUCGAUGUGAUAAGCAGGGUUCAAUCUUGGAGGUUGUUGAUGCGAACUCUGGUGAUAUUCCGGUUGGUUUGACUGUUACUAAAGACGGAGAACUAAUGUACACAGAUCGCAAAGCCAAAAGCAUCAACAUUGUACGAAACGGUACAACAGAGGUACUUUGCAAACCAAAGUGGUUCCCGGGUACCAUAUGUUCCACGGACAACGGGGAUUUUCUGGUUGCAAUGUGGAAUGGCUUGACUGGGAAGCAAAAAGAAAUCAAAGUCACAAGAUUUUGUGAAACAGGUCUAAAACAAGAUAUCCAGAACGAUGAAAACGGGCAACCUCUCUUUCAAAUAGAGGGCGAAUUUACGGGACUUGCUGUCACUGAGAACAGAAACGGGGAUAUCUGUGUAGCAGACUGGAAUGCGAAUGCCGUGGUGGUCGUCAAUGGGAGAGGGAGACUCAGAUUUAAGUACUCUGGGGCAGGGGAAGGGUCGUUCAUCCCUCGGUAUACUGCGACAGACAGUCAGGCCAAUAUUCUAAUUUCCGACAUCAAGAACCAAUCUGUUCACGUUCUCGACAUGGAUGGAAAUGUAGUCCUGUUAAUGGAUAAUUGUGGAUUUUCUAAUCCCUAUGGUGUUAGUGUUGACAACGAAGAUAAUCUGUGGUUGCUGGAACGAUUUGGGAAAAUAAAAAUCAUUAAGUAUCUGAAGUAG